AUGGCAGCAGUGGCAGCCCACGCACUCGAGCUCUCGAUGGAGGCAGCUGAGAACGGAACAGGGGGCGACCACAGCUCGCCGGCAGGCACUCCGCGUCCUUCCAAGUUUGCGCCGGCCGAGUUCCGGUCGGCUUCGGUGAGCGUGAUUGUUCUGGGCGCAUCUGGAGAUCUGGCCAAGAAGAAGACACUGCCGGCGCUGUAUGGGCUCUUUCUUAGGGGUCUCCUCCCGGCAGAGGCUGCUGUGGUUGGCUACGCGCGAUCGGAUCUGUCGAGAGCCGACUUUCAUGACCGCAUCUCGCCCAAUCUGGAGAAGGUCGAUGGCUCGUCCGACGACUCGCUUGCCGUCUUUCUCGGUCAGUGCCACUACGUUUCCGGUCAGUACGACUCGUCCGAGGACUUUGCCGCUCUUCAUGAUGAGCUCAUCCGCCUCGAGGACGAGGCCGGCGCCAGCGAGUCUGGCGAGGCCCAUCGCCUCUUCUAUCUCGCUCUCCCGCCCAAGGUCUUUGCCAGCGUCUCGGCCACCUUUGAGCCCGUGGCCAUGUCACAGCGUGGAUGGAACCGGGUGGUGGUGGAGAAGCCGUUCGGCCGUGACUUGGCGUCGUCGAAUGAGCUCGUCGCUGCGCUCGCAGAGACCUUCACCGAGGACCAGCAGUUCCGCAUCGACCACUACCUCGGCAAGGAGGCCGCGCUCAACAUGGUUGUCUUCCGCUUUGCCAACCUCACCUUCCAGCCGCUGUGGAACCGCAACUACAUCUCGACGGUGGAAAUCACCUUUAAGGAGCCGUUUGGUACCGAGGGCCGUGGCGGAUACUUUGACGAGAUCGGCAUUGUCCGCGACGUGAUGCAGAAUCACCUGCUGCAGCUCCUCGCUCUCACCGCCAUGGAGCGCCCGAUCUCGCUCUCGGCCGAGGACGUGCGCGACGAAAAGGUCAAGGUCCUCCGCUGCAUCGAGCCGCUCACCCUCGACGACAUCCUCAUCGGCCAGUACGUGGCCAACGAGGAGACCGGCAAGCCCGGGUACACCGACGACGACGGCGUGCCCGACGACUCGCGCUGCGCCACUUUUGCCACCGCUGCCUUCAACAUCCGCAACGAGCGCUGGGACGGUGUCCCCUUUAUCAUUCGCUGCGGCAAGGCCCUCAACGAGCGCAAGGCCAACAUCCGCAUCCAGCUCCGCGACACCCCGGGCCAGCUCUUUGGUGACGCAGCCCGCAACGAGCUCGUCUUCCGCAUCCAGCCCUCGGAGGCCAUCUACCUCAAGGUCAUGGCCAAGAAGCCAGGCCUCGGCGACGAGCUCGUCCAGACCGAGCUCGACCUCACUUACCACUCGCGCUUCCCCUGCGAGACCAUUCCCGACGCCUACGAGCGCCUGCUGUACGACGUCCUCCGCGGCGACCGCUCACACUUUGUUCGUGCCGACGAGCUCGAGGCUGCGUGGCGCAUCUUUGACGAUGUCCUGCACAAGCUCGAUGAUGGCGCCGUUGAGCCACUGCCGUACGUCUACGGCUCGCGCGGGCCCGACGCAGCCGACGACUUUGUCGCCGCGCGCGGCUACGUUCGCUCCGGCGACUAUUCGUGGCAGGCGAGCAGCCAGCAGUCGCCGAGUAAGCUGUAG